AUGAGAAACCAUACAGAAAUAUCAGAGUUUAUUCUCCUGGGACUGUCAGAUGAUCCAAAAUUUCAAGUUGUCAUCUUUAUAUUUCUUCUUAUUACCUACAUGCUCAGCAUCACUGGAAACCUGACAAUUAUUACUCUUACUUUGCUGGAUUCUCACCUUAAGACACCCAUGUAUUUCUUUCUCAGAAACUUUUCCUUAUUAGAAGUUUCAUUCACAACUGUCAGUAUACCCAAGUUCCUGAGUACUAUUAUUUCAGGAGAUAAAACCAUUUCCUUUAGUGAUUGCUUUGCUCAGUUAUUCUUUUUUAUUCUCUUGGGAGUCACUGAAUUUUAUCUUCUGGCUGCCAUGUCCUAUGACCGUUACAUUGCAAUCUGCAAACCUCUACAUUACAUGACUAUCAUGAGUCAAAGAGUCUGCAUACUACUUGUCUUCUCAUCAUGGUUAAUUUCCUUCUUAAUUAUAUUCCCUGCACUCUUAAUGCUCUUAAACCUGGAUUACUGUAAGUCUAAUGUUAUUGAUCAUUUUACCUGUGAUUAUUUUCCCCUUCUGCAACUGUCUUGUUCAGACACAAACUUUCUAGAGAAACUGGGGUUUUCCUGUGCUGUAUUUACUCUAAUGUUCACUUUGGCAUUAAUAUUUCUUUCCUACUUGUAUAUCAUUAGAACAAUUUUAAGAAUUCCUUCUACUAGUCAGAGGAAAAAGGCAUUUUCCACUUGUUCUUCACACAUGAUUGUCAUCUCCAUCUCUUAUGGCAGCUGCAUUUUUAUGUAUAUCAAGCCUUCAGCACAAGAAAGAGCAUCUCUGAGCAAGGGAGUUGCUGUGCUAAAUACCUCAGUAGCUCCAAUGUUGAAUCCUUUUAUUUACAGUUUAAGAAAUCAGCAAGUCAAGCAAGCUUUUAUAGAUAUGGCAAAAAAGACUAUCUUCUACAAACAAAUGAAAUGA